UUUCCAAGCUUUGAAUCGGUAACAGCCGCUUGCAUGCUAUUUGAUACACUGAUGCCAUCACUGCCAUCAGCUCCAUACCCCUCAACGUUGCAUGACAGCUUAUUUCGCUCGUGCCAGUGGUGCAGAGCCAAGAUUCGUUUUAGAUUUUAUCGCGUUGCUGUUCCCGUCAUCUCGCCAACGUUCCGCCAGCCCUAUCUUCUACUCAAAUUCCAAUUGAUGAUCACCUAUAUAACCUUCGCAAAUCCUUCAACGCCCGAUGCUGCAAUGGGCAUCGACCUACGGCUCGACAUAUCUGCAAAGGUUGCUUAUGCUUCUGCGUUCGGAGGACGCGUUACUUUCACCCCCCUAGCUGAAUAUAGACUGAUAGGCAUGUAAUUUUCUAGCGAGAUCCUUCAUCCGCGCAAUACUUAAUUGCAACAAACCCUUGAAUACAACUCACGUGGGGUUGCAGAAGUUGAUCAUGAUGAAGAACGAACAGGGAGAAUUGAGCUCCAAUGAUGAACGGAAGUACAAAACGUCGCCAGGCAGUGCGAGAAGGAGAUUUUGGGUGCUGCCAUGCGUUGGUGCUGGUAAUCCUCGGCUCAACAAGCUCAAGUUCAGGACGGUUUUGAUCGACGAAACUACGCAAGCUGCUGACCCGGAGUGUAUGUUCCCUCUUGUCAGCGAUCACCAGCAGCUUAGUCCGGUAAACAUGAACAAGAAAGCGGCACGCGCUGGUCUGACGCAAUCACUUUUCGAACGUCUGGUUGUACUUGGCAACAGACCCAUUCGUCUGCAAGUCCAGUACCGUAUGCGCCCUUGCCUGUCUGAAUUCCCCUCGAAUAUGCUCUAUGAGGGCACACUACAGAACGGCGUCACUGCUCCCGAGCGUCUUCGCAAGAAUGUCGAUUUCCCAUGGCCCGCCCCAGACACCCCGAUGUUCUUCUACCAGAACCUUGGUCAGGAGGAGAUAUCAUCCAGUGGAACUUCGUUCCUUAACAAGACGGAAGCAUCUACACCGGAGGUACAAGGACGCCAAGCCGCUUCGAUUCUAGUUUCUACCGUACACAUGAUGCUCUCGGGUACAUCCCGUCUGACGUGCAGUCUCUGCGCCGCAAGCCACUUAUUCUUCUUGACUUCUCAUGUUUGCUGCGGCCGGUGGAUUUGGUCCUGGGUUACCCGUGGCUCUGGGUGUGUGGAAUGCUACGGCACACCCGUCUGUCUGCAUUGUGGUCUGUGUGCUGCUCUCCGCGUAUGCGGUGUUUGACUUUUGAGUACUUUAUACUUAUGCUGGGGAUAUGAAAUCAGGACAUGCAAUGUAUCAGUCUAUAGAUGGCUUGUCAAUAUACUAGGUUGACCAUCCGAGCGGCGUGACACCAUGGGGACGAAGUAAGGUACAGGCUCAUCAUUUGA